UGCUGGAAUCCAAGUUAAACAUUUAAAUAUUUUUUAGACCACAGAAACUCGCAAUCGAAGUUGAAGAAAACAACACCACGCGCGCUGGCAACUCUGGGAGCUCUGGCUCACGAACCACGGCGAACUAUCGCAUAGUCCGCUAGAGACGAGACCGUCACUUACCUAAAGCCCUCUCACGGGAAGAAACGUGCUCCGCCGUUCUGAAGAAAUUUUUGCUUUUAAUUUGACAAUUGUCGUGUGAAAUUGCAGAAGUAAAAAGCCAAAAUGCUGCGCGUACCCAAGUUUCUGCCCCGUCUCGCCCGCCAGGCCGGCGUGGUGCCCUCCAACAUUUCGGUGGCUUCUAGCAUGUUCCGCAAUCUGCCAGGUGCUAGCAAUGGAUUGUCGGUGCAGCAGCGUUACAAGUCUGGCGAGGUCAAAGGUGCUGUUAUUGGCAUCGAUCUGGGCACCACCAACUCCUGCCUGGCCGUCAUGGAGGGCAAGCAGGCCAAGGUAAUCGAGAACGCCGAGGGAGCCCGUACAACACCCUCGCAUGUCGCCUUCACCAAGGACGGCGAACGCCUGGUGGGCAUGCCCGCCAAGCGCCAGGCGGUGACCAACUCGGCCAACACCUUCUACGCCACCAAGCGCCUGAUCGGCAGACGUUUCGAUGAUCCCGAGGUGAAGAAGGACAUCACCAACCUGUCGUACAAGGUCGUCAAGGCCUCCAAUGGCGAUGCCUGGGUCUCCUCCACCGACGGCAAGGUGUACUCCCCCUCCCAGAUCGGUGCUUUCAUCCUCAUCAAGAUGAAGGAGACAGCCGAAGCGUACCUGAACACUCCCGUGAAGAACGCCGUGGUCACCGUGCCCGCCUACUUCAACGACUCCCAGCGCCAGGCCACCAAGGAUGCCGGUCAGAUCGCCGGACUCAAUGUGCUGCGCGUGAUCAACGAGCCCACUGCUGCCGCUCUGGCCUACGGAAUGGACAAGACGGAGGAUAAAAUCAUUGCCGUUUACGAUUUGGGUGGCGGCACCUUCGAUAUUUCGAUUCUGGAGAUCCAAAAGGGCGUGUUCGAGGUCAAGUCUACCAACGGUGAUACCCUGCUGGGCGGUGAGGACUUCGACAACCACAUCGUCAACUUUCUGGUGGCCGAGUUCAAGAAGGACAGUGGAAUUGACAUCCGCAAGGACAACAUUGCCAUGCAGCGCCUGAAGGAGGCCGCCGAGAAGGCCAAGUGCGAGCUGUCCUCCUCCCAGCAGACUGACAUCAAUCUGCCCUAUCUGACCAUGGAUGCCGCCGGUCCCCAGCACAUGAACCUGAAGAUGACCCGCUCCAAGCUGGAGAGCCUGGUGGGCGAUCUGAUCAAGCGCACCAUCCAGCCCUGCCAGAAGGCUCUGUCCGAUGCCGAGGUCGCGAAGUCUGAGAUCGGAGAGGUGCUCUUGGUGGGCGGUAUGACCCGUAUGCCCAAGGUGCAGUCCACCGUGCAGGAGCUCUUCGGACGCCAGCCCUCGCGCUCUGUGAAUCCCGAUGAGGCUGUGGCCGUUGGUGCCGCUGUCCAGGGUGGUGUGUUGGCCGGUGAUGUCACCGAUGUGCUUCUGCUCGACGUUACCCCCCUGUCGCUGGGUAUCGAGACUCUGGGUGGAGUGUUCACCCGUCUGAUUUCCCGCAACACGACGAUUCCCACCAAGAAGUCGCAGGUCUUCUCGACGGCCAGCGAUGGCCAGACCCAGGUGGAGAUCAAGGUGCACCAAGGCGAGCGUGAGAUGGCCAACGACAACAAGCUGCUCGGCGCCUUCACACUGGUGGGAAUUCCCCCGGCACCCCGCGGCGUGCCGCAGAUCGAGGUGGUGUUCGACAUCGAUGCCAACGGCAUUGUGCACGUGUCGGCCAAGGACAAGGGCACCGGCAAGGAGCAGCAGAUCGUCAUCCAGUCCAGCGGAGGUCUGAGUAAGGACGAAAUUGAGAACAUGAUCAAAAAGGCCGAGGAAUACGCUACAGCCGACAAGCAAAAGCGUGAGCUGAUCGAGAUCGUCAACCAGGGCGAGAGCAUAGUCCACGACACCGAGACCAAGAUGGAGGAGUUCAAGAGCCAGCUGCCCGCCGAGGAGUGCGAGAAGCUGAAGAAGGAGAUUGCUGAUCUGCGCACGUUGCUGGCCAACAAGGAGACCGCCGACCUUGAGGAAGUCAGGAAGGCCACCUCUUCGCUGCAGCAGUCGUCCCUCAAGCUCUUCGAGCUGGCCUACAAGAAGAUGUCUGCGGAGCGCGAGAGCGGCGCUGGAGCUGGAGCUGGAUCUUCCGACAGCAGCAGUUCAAGCGACACUUCUGGCGAUGCCAAGAAGGAAGAGAAGAACUAAAUUAGGCAACCAUAGUCAUAGUUGUUGUUCCCCUAUUUAAUAAUAACCGCUUCUGGAUUUCGAUUAAGUUCUACGUUAAACACAAACACGUCAUAUUCCUUUCCGAAUCAUGAAUCACACAAAGCCACAAGCAUUUACCCAAAAAAACUGUGUAGUAAAUUCUAUCAGAUGCGAUUAGGUCGAAUCAGACGAUGUGACUUCCAAGCGUAAAGACAUAGACCAAGCCGCCAGGGAACCGAAACGAGCGACUGCAUAAAGUUUUUAUUGUUUAUUAUGCAAUCAGGCGGAUUCCUUCCUUAUCUGGAUCGCGUGGUCAGUGUUGUGUUGUGUUCCUGUAAGAUUUUGAUUAUUUUUACGUAUAUUCUAAACUAGUUGUAGUUGUACAAUAACGAGCACAGCACAAAAACUCAAUUCGCAAGGCGGCCACGGCGUUCUAGACGCGGACAACUAAACAGAUGAUCACUUGGAGGUCCUACUUUAAGCUAAAUUGUAUGUUGGUUUCCAGUGGACAACCAAUUCGACUGGGUAAUAUGCAAUUAAAUUUAAACAAAUCGAUGUAAACUUAAAAUAAAACAAAAACAAACAUUUACAUACAAAAA